UCAUUUUCUAGAGAGAGAAACCCAGAUUUUAUUAUUUUCUAGAGAGAGAAACCCAAAUUAUCAUUUUCCCUGAAAGAGACCCAAACCCGACUCUCAUUUCCCAUCUGAAGAUAUAAAACUCCUCAAGUAAGACCAGAGGCCAUGGAGCCGUUGAGGAACUGAGACUGAGAGAGCAGAAGCCAUAAUCUUAGCGAUGGCGAUCGUUCCGUCCACCUACUUUGAAAACACCAUCACCAUGAUUUCAUCAUCGGCUAGUUUCAGUGCCCUCUCCAACAAGAGGCCAAGUCUCUCUCCUUCGACUCUCUUUUCUCACCCUUCGAUCUUCAUUCCGUCCUACUCUACCAAGGUUGGUUUUCCCGGUAACCCUAUAAGAGGAAUGCAUACUUUCGGACACAUUCCCAAAUGGCCCUGCGUUGCGGUGGAAAGCCACCAUCCCCAACAAAUUUCUCACCAAAGUUUCAGCCUUGGAGACAACCUCUCAAGCUCAACCACUAGCCAAGAGGCCGAGGGCCUCCUUCUUGAUGCAGUGAAGAUGAGCUUCUUCGAGCGCCUCAGCUUGGCUUGGAAAAUAUUAUUUCCAACCAUCGUGAAGAAGAGCACCAAUGCUAAGAUUGCAAAGCAAAGGCUAAAGAUGAUCCUAUUCUCCGAUCGAUGUGCAGUGAGUGAUGAAGCAAAGCGUAAGAUAGUUAGCAACAUUGUUGGGGCACUGUCUAACUUUGUAGAGAUAGAAUCUCAAGACAAGGUUCAAUUGAGUGUUUCUACUGACCCGGAUUUAGGGACAGUUUAUUCGGUUACUGUUCCAGUCAGGAGGGUAAAACCAGAAUAUCAAGAUUCUGGGGACAGUUACAGGGGAAUAAGCAAUAUCGAGUUCAAGGAUACGGGAGAGAAGUCAGGCUCGGUUGACGUGAGGUUUGAUUUCUUUCUCCCUGCCAAUGAAGAGUAAGUGAUGAAAGCCGUUGAGGAGUUUUGGCUAUGUCUGGUUUUCAUGCCAUCUAUGUGACAUUGUGAAAAGGUUGGUCUCUCAGGUUUAGGAUCAUAUGGUGUUUUCUCUAUACAAUUUUAGUUGGGCUGUUUGGAAACAUUAAUCUCUUGUAUAUAUUGUUGAAUGGUUGAGAUUUA